GGACACGUUCCGCGGGAGCUAAGCCCCGACUUGUCUCCAGCGGGACCCUUUAACCCGCGCCGCCCGUGGCCGCGCCGGCCGUGCGCCGGAGGUGCCCGCGCCCCGGGAGAGCGUGCGCCCGGCCAGGCAGAUGUGCAAUACCAACAUGUCUGUGUCCACUGAUGGUGCAGUAAGCACCGCGCAGAUCCCAGCUGCGGAGCAGGAGACCCUGGUUAGACCAAAGCCAUUGCUUUUGAAGUUGUUGAAGUCUGUUGGUGCACAAAAAGACACUUAUACUAUGAAAGAGGUUAUCUUCUACCUUGGCCAGUAUAUCAUGACGAAACGGCUCUAUGAUGAGAAGCAGCAGCACAUCGUGUAUUGUUCCAAUGAUCUCCUGGGGGAUUUGUUUGGGGUGCCAAGCUUCUCUGUGAAAGAACACAGGAAAAUAUAUACAAUGAUCUACAGAAACUUGGUGGUAGUGAAUCAGCAGGAACCGUCAGAUUCAGGCACAUCUGUGAGUGAAAACAGGUGUCCCCUUGAAGAUGGGAGUGAUCUAAAGGAGCCUGUACAGGAGCUACAGGAAGAGAAACCUUCAUCUUCAGGUUUGGUUUCUCGACCAUCUACCUCAUCUAGAAGGAGAGCAGUUAGUGAGACAGAAGAAAAUGCUGAUGAAUUACUUGGUGAACGACAGAGAAAGCGCCACAAAUCCGACAGCAUCUCUCUUUCCUUUGAUGAAAGCCUCGCUCUGUGUGUCAUCAGGGAGAUCUGCUGUGAGAGGAGCAGUAGCAGCGAAUCGGCAGGGACCCCAUCCGAUCCGGAUCUUGAUGCUGGUGUGAGCGAGCGUUCGGGGGAUUGGUUGGAUCAGGAUUCGGUUUCAGACCAAUUCAGUGUGGAGUUUGAAGUGGAGUCUCUCGACUCGGAAGACUACAGCCUCAGUGAAGAGGGGCAGGAGCUCUCCGACGAGGACGAUGAGGUGUAUCGAGUUACCGUGUAUCAGGCAGGGGAGAGCGAUACAGAUUCAUUUGAAGAAGAUCCUGAAAUUUCCUUAGCUGACUAUUGGAAGUGUACUGCAUGCAAUGAAAUGAAUCCUCCCCUUCCACCACAUUGCAACAGAUGCUGGGCCCUUCGAGAGAACUGGCUUCCUGAAGAUAAAGGGAAAGUGCCCGAGAGUACCAAACUAGACAGCUCCACACCAGGAGAAGAGGGCUUUGAUGUCCCCGAUUGUAAGAAAACCACAGGGAAUGAUUCCAGAGAACCGUAUGCUGAGGACAAUGACGACACGGUCACACAAGCCUCCCAGGCCCAAGAGAGUGAGGACUAUUCUCAGCCGUCAACUUCCAACAGCGUCGUUUAUAGCAACCAAGAAGGUGUCAAUGAGUUUGAGAGGGAAGAAACACACGACAAAGAAGAAAGCGUGGAGUCUAGCCUUCCCCUGAACGCCAUUGAACCCUGCGUGAUUUGCCAAGGACGACCUAAGAACGGUUGCAUCGUCCAUGGCAAAACAGGGCAUCUCAUGGCGUGCUUUACAUGCGCGAAGAAGCUAAAGAAAAGGAAUAAGCCCUGCCCAGUAUGUAGACAACCAAUUCAAAUGAUUGUGCUAACUUAUUUCCCCUAGUUGACUUGUCUAUAAAAGUAGAGUCAUGUAUUUCUAACUAUAUAACCCUAAAAAUUUAGCAUGAAAUUUAUUUUUAUUUUUUUACAUAUAUCAAAGUGAGAAAGGUGUAUGUAGAUUUCUUCUCUAGUGUAAUUUACCUGUUUUGGGGGGGAAAUCAAUAUUUACUUCCUUUUAGGAAAUUUCACUUCUGUUUAUAUAUUUGGAUUGUUAUGUAAUUUGAAUUGGAUAUGUAGCUCAUCCUUUACCCCACCCCUUGUGUUUUAAAUAAUUUCCACUUUCUCUUAAAUGAGAAGUAGCCGAUCUUCAAAAAAUAUAAGUGGGACAUUUAAAUGUAGCUUAUUUAGUACCUUUCAUAUAAGGAGAAAAAAUGUGUGAAAGAUACGAUCUUUAAAUUUUAGAUACUCUUAAGCAUUCUGACUGUACUUACUCUUUCAGAGCCUCUUAAAAUGCUCUGGCCUGAUAAAAAAGAAAUCAGUAGUUAUAUUUGGUGCUAUGUAAGUAAAAAUGUACUUCUCAUCCUCCAGCCUCUUGGACAGUAAGGGAUAGGUGGUAAUGAUGUGGAGACGUCUUGGAGAAUAGUUCCCCUUUACCUAAGACAGCCUUUGUGAGGUCCCUGGUACAAUGUGGGCCUGGCUUCGGGCCCUCACCUGUGUAACAGGCCCCUGUCCACCCUCUUCAGAAUGUGGUGCAAUCUGUUGUGUCCCCUGUGUUGAAGAACAAUUCUGACAUUUUGAAGGACCUUCUUGGGCCAGGUUCCAUGGUCCUAGGAGUUAGCUGGGUUUCAAACCUUUGCAUAAGGCCAGUUUUAGAAACCAGUGAAUUCACAAAGACUCAUUCAGAUAUUUAAUAAGCAGAAUGACUGCUUGUUUUUAAACUAGCUGGAAAUGUCAUAACUUCUCUCUAAAUUGUCCAGAAAUCAUGCCUUACUUGCCUUCAAGAAUGUCAGGGUCACAACAUAGGCUUCUAAAAUGUCUCUCAAACUCAUAGAUUAACAUCUUGAUUUAUAUUUAAAUAUGAAUCUUCAGCAAAAUAGUAAAAUAACCCCUUUGACUUCUGGUCCCAGUGUUUUGCUCUUGUGUGUGACAGUUGUCCAUACUCAGGUGAGGACAGGACCAUCGCCUGAGCUCUAAGUUUAGAAUAGACGGAGGGGCGAGGCUGCACAGCGCCUGCGUGUGCCGGGUACUAACAGUGCAAGACCGCACACACAGGACCCCCAUGUGUGCGUGUGUGAGCGAGAGGCAGAUGGCUGGGGGGUCAGUGCCCGAGCAGGUGGUCCGCACAUGCAGGGAAGCUUUGUUAAUUUGGCGUUUAUGAUACUUGAGUGAGAACUAAGGGGAAUCUAUCCUUUCUGAGGAAAGUUGUUAGUAAAAAUGAGAUGAUAGACACCUACAUUCAGGACAUGUUAUGCAGUGGUUUUGCUAUUUACAGAACAUUCAAAUCUGCAGAUGUUUCAUUCAGCAUGUCUAUGCCAAUAUAGUCUUGAUUGUCUGAAUUUUUGGGUUUAGCAUACAAGGAUAUUUAUUAAUUUACAAAUAAAGGAUUUAUUAAAUGUUUGAUUAAGAA